GAUACACGCGGCAAGUGUAUGUAGAUUAGUCGUGUGGGUUAGUACGUUUGGCUAGUAAUAUAUAGAUCUACUGUAACUAAUGGGUGUUCGACGCUCCAAAACGACAAAUCUAAAAGUUAAAAUUUAGGCAUUUUUCAGUGUCUGGUAGAAUCGGGAGAUAUGAAAAACAUGUCCGAUCACUUGAAAAACAAAUUAGAAAUAAAGUAAAAUUAAGAAAAUAAAUUUGCAAAAAAUGGAAAAGCCAAUCAAAUGAUGCGAUUUACCUCGAAGGGUAUGGAGGGUAUAAAUAGAGUUACUACACCGAGAAAAAAUCAUUCAAAGUCACACACUCGGAGAAGAAGGACCCAAUACCUGUGUGUGCUCUUUAAUGAUCAGCGUUGCAAUAACAUUGGAAAAUAAACAAUGGAAAAAAGAAAAGCUCUGAUGAAUGAAUCAACUCAGCCUAAAAAGGGGAAAUGGUCUUGUCCACAUUGUGACAAAUCAUUUGAACACAAAAAGACACUUACGAGACACAUUGCAGAACACGGAGAUAGAAGGUGGAAAUGUGACGUGUGUAACAAAGAGUUUGGAAGGAAAGAUCGGCUUACAAGGCAUAAGAAAGUCCACGGGGAACCACUGCAUUUGUGUUGUGGAAAAUCUUUCUGGAGGACUGACAAAUACAGCGAACAUUUGAAAUCACACGAGAGAAAUCAACAAGGAGGAGGCAUAGACGAAAACAGAGACAAUGACAAAGAAAACAAUCAACCGCAAAUGAAUGCAUCUACCAAUCAAGCUUUGAACGAAUCGGACCGCCAAACUAGCCCUAACGUGGAUGAAGAUAAACAAUGUACAGAGGAAGCAAUCAAGGGAAUCUUCAAAGUUAUGACUCUACCUGCAGAGGGCCAAGCCAAAUUAGACGUCACAACUUUCCUUCAUCAACAGUACGAUACGAUAAAGACGAAAAUAGAUAGCGCUGUUGUCCGGGGAGGUGUAAAAUGGUACUUAUCCAUUCAAGUGCAGUUUUCUAAACCAAAGGGGGAGACCGUAGAACGAGUCACACCCCAUUUCCGUGGAAAAUGUCAGAUAACUUUAAAGUCAUCUGACAUCGACGAAAGUAUGCGGGAAUCUAUCCGGAAGAUUCAGAAUUCUUUCAUAGAAUACCAGCGACAGAGUAGUAAUUGGACAUUGGACAAGGUGCUUCUCAAAUACAGAUACACUUUGCCCGAUACAAGCCUCUCAAAGGGUCUAGUUAUAUUUCGCUACCGGUCAAGUUGA